AAAUUUCACUCGUGUAGCGAUGAAAAUGAUAAUGAAAUCGAAGAAAAAUUCAUUUCGCCGGAGUUUUUAAUAAUUAGUAACAUCAAAUUAGAAAAAAACACCAUCAAGAAGAUUCAACCUUCCUCGUACAAAUUCGCUACAUCAUGGUUGGUUUACUCUCGAAACCAAGCUCGUGUUUGUGCAGAAUAUUGUACAGCAGAUCUAGCCCUUCAAUUAUAAAAGCUGUAAAACUACACGAACAAGCCAGGGUUCUGAAAUAUGGCAAACACGAUACAGAAAACUAUUUGAAUAAGAAAACUGUGAAAAAUAACCGAGGGCCUUUUGCCUAUGUGUUAUUGAUGUUCCCAUUGACCUGUUUUGGUUUGGCUUAUUGGCAGUAUAAUCGAAAGUUGUGGAAAGAAACACUGAUUCACGAUAUGAAAAUGAAAACAUUUAUCCCUGCUAUAGAUUUACCUCAAGAUUUAACGAACAAAAGAAAACUGGAAUAUCGUAGAGUUAAAGUUCGAGGCACCUUCGAUCAUUCCAAAGAGAUGUACUUGAGCCCUAGAAGUUUGAUUCAGAAUAACGAAUUUUCUAAAGACGAUACUCCUUUCCUAUCACCCCUUGCUAAAGCCGAUACUAACUUAGGCGCUGUUGUAGUUACUCCGUUUAAAUUGGCUGAUCGAGAUUUGACAAUACUCGUGAAUAGAGGAUGGGUUCCUUAUGAUAAACUCGACCCGAAUACUAGACAAGAAGCACAGAUAGAAGGUGAAGUCGAAUUAGAAGGAAUUGUUCGAACCCAAGAAGAUAAACCAAUGAUUGGCAGUGAACAUGAUAUUCGAAAACGUACUUUCAAGUAUAGAGAUGUUGAAGAAAUGGCUGAAAUGGCCGAUACCAGUUAUCUAUUUAUAGACUGUGUUAACGAAUCAUCUGUUCCUGGUGGUCCUAUUGGUGGUCAAACUCAAGUGAAUCUAAGGAAUGAGCAUUUCCAAUACAUAGUUACUUGGUUAUCUAUCGCUAUUCUUCUGAGUUACAUGUGGCAUAAAAGAUGGGUUAGAUUCUUGAAUUAAUGCGCUUUCACUAUCGUAGCUGGAAAUAGACAUCGAGAAAUUACGAAGAAAACGAGUCGUGUUAAGUUUAUCGACUGUAAUUUUGAAGAAUUCAAUAAAUGCAUUUUGUUUGUUUUCA